AUGUCCAAUUCUGUAGAAUUGUUACAAACGUUGCCACAAGAUCAUCUUGCCCCGUCGGGGAGCGGAUUGAAUUUCAACGAAGAAAAUUUACAAAGAGUCCUGGGUGUGAUUUGGGCACCUGACAAUGAUUGCUUUACUUUCAAAACAGAUUUUCCAAAAUUGAAUGAAAGUUUGGUAAGCGGCGAAAAAAUUCCUACGAAAAGAGAAAUGCUGCGACUGGUCAUGUCCGUGUUCGAUCCUCUAGGUUUGCUUACAGCCCUGAUGCUGAAAACAAAAUUGCUUAUGCAGGAAAUUUGGCGACGUAGUACUGACUGGGAUGAACGGAUACCUGAUGAAAUUCUCGGAAAAUGGACCACCUGGCUGGAAGACCUGCAACGAGCGAAGACCUUGAAAAUCCCACGUUGUUACGUACUGGGAAUCGGUGAGAUACAAGAAAUUCAACUUCACGUAUUCUGUGACGCCAGUGAACAGGCGUUUGCUGCUUGUACCUAUUUCCGAAUUCAAGGUACCAGUGGUAUGAAGUUAUCACUAGUCAUAGCCAAAAGUAGAGAGGCUCCACUGAAAAUAUUGACGAUUCCACGUCUUGAACUUCAAGCAGCAGUGAUGGCUUGCCGAUUAUCACAGUUCAUAAGUAGUCAACACACCUUUCGCAUUGAAAAAAGGGUAUUUUGGACGGAUUCCAGGACAGUACUUUGCUGGCUGAAAUCAGACGUCAGGAAAUACUUACCUUUUGUUGCGCAUCGAAUAGCUGAAAUUUCGGACAACAAGUCAGUGUCAGAUUGGCGAUGGGUACCAACGAAAGAGAAUGUAGCAGAUGAUGCCACUCGAGGUAAUUCGCAGCACGAAGGAUUUGAAAAUGAUCGUUGGUUUAAUGGACCGGAAUUCUUAAUCCAACCUGAAACAGAAUGGCCUAAAGAGAAGGUCAACGAUGUACAGACACCGGACCCAACAACUCUUGAGAUCAAGAAAGAGUUUUGCGGCACCUUAAUCGCCACGCAAGAGGCUCUACUAGACGCGACGAGAUUUUCUUCAUGGCUUCGACUAGUCCGUACACAAGCUUGGGUCAGACGUUUGUAUGACAUAUGGUCUAAGAAAGUGUCGAAAUUGGAGAAAAAUGGAGGAGUCUGGGAUUUGACAGCAGAGGAAGUUCAACGAGCAGAACUGGAUAUUAUGAUCCAAAUGGAAGGACGAGUGACCGCUGAUAUGGUCCUAUCAGGCGACAAAAUCAUCCUAGAUGGUAAACAUCCAGUAACCCAACUUCUAGCGAUGUAUUAUUAUCGCCAAGCAGGACAUCAUGGAAGAGAAAGGGUAGUCAACGACCUACGACAAAGGUUAUACAUACCACGAAUCCGGACAGUAGUAAAGAAAGCAUGGCGCGAGUGUCUUCUCUGCCAGCACCGAAGAUCGAUGCCUGCAGUGCCAAGGAUGGCACCCUUGCUAGCUCCGCGGGUGCAAAAUCGCGUUCGACCUUUCACUGACACGGGAGUCGAUUAUUUUGGGCCAAUUUAUGUGACGAUUGGACGAAGGAGGGAGAAAAGGUAUGGAGUGUUGUUUACCUGCUUGACUGUACGAGCAGUCCACUUUGAAAUAGCGGCCUCAUUAACGACUGACUCAAUGAACAUGGCUUUCCGUCGGAUGAUGGCUAGACGAGGACAUCCCCUACGAAUGUACUCGGACAACGGAACAAAUUUAAGAAGAGCAUCUGAAGAAUUGAAAAGGGCCGUACAAGAGCUCGAUAAAAAUGAGAUCCUACGACAGACGUCAAAAUUCCAAAUACGAUGGAAUUUUAUUCCUCCAGCUACUCCGCAUAUGGGUGGCCGCUGGGAACGCCUGGUAAAGUCUGUAAAAAAAGCUUUAGAGUCGACCUUGCUAGAACAAGCACCACGUGAAGAAGUGCUUCAGACUUUAUUCGCCGAAGCGGAAUAUUCAGUGAACAGCCGACCAUUGACGCACGUGUCUGACGAUCCUGAAGAUUUGACGAGUCUAUCAUCAAAUGAUUUCUUGAUGUUGACACCUGGAAAAACUCAAGAAUCACAUGGUCCUCCCGGCGAUUUUUUCAAUGACAACAACCUACGUCGAGAAUGGCGUAUCUCUCAACACUUUGCCGAUCAAUUUUGGCGGCGUUGGAUCAGGUCACACUACGACCGGGCGGUCGCCAGUUUGCUAGGUUGCCAGGUUAUAACUCCGAUAAAAAAAUGUAAGUCUAAUGUAGAUCACGUCGCCGAUAUAGCCAGCUUAGCAACCGACAUGAGUGAAAUCAGUAUCGUACAGAACGGGUUUCGAUCAAGAUCUACCUCCGAGUAG